UUGGUUCCUACCCGAGCAAACAAAGCGGAAUUCGAGAAAUUUCCCCCUCGGGCGCGUCGCUUGGUUCUUCUUUUAGCCGCCCGUCCGUCCUUUCAUAACAUCCCCAGUUUAACAAGCGGAAACUAUGUUCAUUUUUUAUUCCUGGAACAUUUUCUAACUCCGGCGUAUUCUGCCAUUGCGCAACAGUGGAGGACACGUUCACGAAUAGCAGCCGGCUUAGCUUACGUAAAUUUAGCUUAGUUUAGCUUGACGAGGCUGGGCUGAGAUGACAAGCGGCUUUUACUGCCACCUUCACGGCCGUAAAAAACAUUUUGUAGCCGCCGAUGUCAACGUCACUUUUACGGCUUUCUGCUGCUGUUGCUGCUGUUGUGGAGCGACCAUGAAGACGUGUUGAGUUCAGCUUAGUUUAGCUGCUAGGCCAGCUCUUCCUUCCACGUUCACUUCCUCCUUCCUCUUCCUGCUUUUGUGCCCCACGUCCACACGAAGCUGUUGAGGAGUAUGAGCGCCAUGCGCGUGGACGCCAAGGUGGUGAUGCUGGGCAAGGAGAGCGUGGGCAAGACCAGCCUUGUGGAGCGAUACGUCCAUCACCGCUUCCUGGUCGGACCCUAUCAGAACACUAUCGGUGCCGCCUUUGUGGCCAAACCAAUCCAGGUGGGAUACAAAGUGAUCACUUUGGGAAUAUGGGACACGGCCGGUUCUGAACGCUAUGAAGCCAUGAGCAGAAUCUAUUACAGAGGAGCCCGGGCGGCCGUCGUCUGCUACGAUCUGACGGACAGCAGCAGUUUCCAGCGAGCUCGUUUUUGGGUGAAAGAACUGCAAAACUGCGAGGAGCAAUGUAAGAUCUACCUGUGCGGUACCAAGAGCGACCUGAUCCAAGGAGACCGGACUCUGCGUCAGAUCGACUACCACGACACUCAGGACUUUGUUGAAGAGAUUGGCGCGCAGCAUUUUGAGACCUCAAGCAAAACAGGAAGCAACGUGGAUGAGCUGUUCCAGAAAGUGGCCGAGGACUACAACAAUGCCACCUUCCAGUACAUGACAGCAGAGGAAACGGGAGUGAACCUUGGCCAGAAGAAAGAGUCGUACUUCUACUCAUGCUGCCACAGCAACUGACGCUGGACCGCGGAAAGGAAGACGCGUGCCGGAUCAGGAGCGCGACUCCUAAGGAAAAAGAACAUAAAAAAAGAAGAAAGUUUUUCUUUUGUGCCAUGACCAUGCCGAACUAUUUGGAGGAGUCUCUGCUGGGUGGAGGUUUGAAUUUAAGAACAAACAUUUCAUCUAGAAGGGGAUCUUCUCUAAAGCUGUGCUGGUUGGAGACAAGACAACUGAGCUGCUGUGACUCAUUUGAUGAGUUUUUUUUGGGGAGGGUUAUGCAUUUUUCCUCCACAGCAAGUGUUUUAAUAAGGUCAGUGACACGCUUCCACCAAAAUACCCCAAGGAUCAAGAAUUAGAGCAUAUGUUACACUAAAAUCUGCCUGUUUUGAGGGGGCGGCCCUGUCUCAUGUAAGCAAGCCAUCGCAUACUGCUGGGCCUUUGGCAAGGACUGAUUUUGUUACCAUAACAACUAGGGAGUCUCCAAAACUAAGGCAAAAUGCGAGCUCCCCUCAAAUGGAUUCUGGUCUCUGCGGAUCUACCAAAAGUCCAUGCAGCUCUCCUUACCUUUUGGCUUUUUCUGUAGUGUUUCCACCCCUUCGGUGUCCAGUAAAGGCUGCACAUGAAUGGUGGUUGCACUAAAGGCCACCACUGGCUAAUGAAACCCGGAUUGUGGUCUCUACUUCCUGUAUCUCAGCAUCACAUGAUUUUGGUCCUCAACUUGCAUGGCCUGAGCUGCCUGAAUGGAAAAAGUGACUGACUUUUCUACUUUUUUUGACACUCAUUUUUCAAAUUUUUUUCUCUUGCCUUUUUGCGCUUGUAUCCUCUAUUGGGAAAAUUUGUCAACAUACGGGAAGAAGACAUCUAAAUGGCAUACUGACAUGAAGUGACCUCAGAUAUUUACAGCGUUGUUUGACAUUUAGCCGUCAUUUGUUUGCGCACUUAUUUAUUGCCUUUUCAAAUCAUGGUGCCAAAUAAUGCUUAAAACUGCUUGAAUCUUUUUUUUUUUUUUUUUCCUUACAAA